AUGCCGCUGCUUCUGGGAGCUGCUUGAGCCAUGGCCACCUCAGCGAGUUCCCACCUGAGCAAAGCUAUAAAGCAGAUGUACAUGAAGCUGCCUCAGGGUGAAAAGGUGCAAGCUAUGUACAUCUGGAUUGAUGGGACUGGGGAGCACCUGCGCUGUAAAACCCGGACGCUGGACCAAGAGCCCAAGAGCAUUGAAGAUCUACCUGAGUGGAACUUUGACGGCUCUAGCACCUUCCAGUCUGAGGGUUCAAACAGUGACAUGUACCUUCUCCCUGCUGCCAUGUUCCGGGACCCUUUCCGCAAGGACCCCAACAAGCUGGUUCUUUGUGAGGUCUUCAAGUACAACCGCAAGUCAGCAGAGUCAAACCUCCGGCAUACCUGUAAACGGAUUAUGGAUAUGGUGUCCAACCAGAUCCCCUGGUUUGGGAUGGAGCAGGAAUACACUCUUCUUGGGACAGAUGGACAUCCAUUUGGCUGGCCUUCCAAUGGCUUCCCUGGGCCCCAGGGUCCAUAUUACUGCGGCGUAGGAGCAGACAAGGCCUAUGGCAGAGACAUUGUGGAAGCGCAUUAUCGUGCAUGUCUCUAUGCUGGUGUUAAAAUUGGAGGAACAAAUGCAGAAGUGAUGCCUGCACAGUGGGAAUUCCAGGUGGGCCCGUGCGAAGGGAUUGAGAUGGGGGAUCACCUCUGGAUUGCACGCUUCAUCCUACAUCGGGUGUGUGAAGACUUUGGGGUAAUCGUGUCCUUCGAUCCCAAACCCAUCUCUGGGAAUUGGAAUGGAGCCGGUUGCCACACCAACUUCAGCACCAAGUCCAUGAGGGAGGAAGGAGGCCUCAAGCAUAUAGAAGAGGCCAUUGAGAAGCUCAGCAAACGGCACCAGUACCAUAUCCGCGCUUACGACCCAAAAGGGGGGCUGGACAACGCCAGGCGCCUGACAGGCUUCCACGAGACAUCCAGCAUCCACGAAUUCUCUGCUGGCGUGGCCAACCGUGGGGCCAGUAUCCGUAUCCCCAGAAAUGUGGGCCAAGAAAAGCAGGGCUACUUCGAGGACCGCCGGCCCUCUGCCAACUGCGACCCUUAUGCUGUGACGGAGGCACUAAUCCGUACAUGUCUUCUCAGCGAAACCGGGGAUGAGCCCUUUGAGUACAAGAACUAA